AUGGGAAAAAGAGCAGGUCACAUUGCAUUUGGAAAUAAUUGUGAAGUUGAAAUUCAUACUGAGACAAACUCACUUCGAGAGCAUGCCACAUUCAUGGAAAAGGGCAUACAUUUUGAUGAUAGUGAGGAGGAGAGGAUGCAUGGUUUUGGUGAUGGUGUGGAUGAAGUGCAAGCUAGAACUACACGUGUUGUUGUUGAUGGUGCUAUCAUAAGUGAACCAUCAAACAAUGCCUUUAUCAUAGAAGAGAUAGGAAGAGAACAUAUCAUUGAGGAAGACUAUACGACUGAUGAACUGAAAAGUGGGACAACUGAUGACAAUUGUGUUGAUAGACCUAUUGUAAUUAGAUUUAAUGAAGAAUAUGCUCUUUUUAAGGAUUUUACUUUCAAGGUUGAAAUUGAGCUUUCCUCAUUGAAACAAUUCAAGAAUUUCAUACUAGAGCACAAUGUCUUGAAUGGUAGAGAAGUGAGAUUUGAAAAAAUGAUGCAAAUAGGUGAUUGGGUUGUAAAGGUUAUUCUAGAUAGGUUGAAUAACAAUAAUAAGAUGAAGUUAAAUGAUGUGAUAACAGAUGUGAGAAUAAGGUAUGCAGUUGAAAUCCCAGAUUGUGGAGCUUUUAAGGCAAGUCAGCUUACUAGAAAAAUAGUUGAAGGUGACUCUAGCAAGCAAUAUAGUUUGUUAUGGCCAUAUGGUGCUGAAUUGAGAAGGUCAUAUAGGGAAGAAGAAGAAAUGUAG